CAUUUCCUUUUGUCUCUUCCUUCUGUAUGUAGAAGCAAAACACUGAAGCAAAUAUUACGAUGCUAUUUUACUCGCUGCACAGCCCGCCUACAAGAAGAUGCCCAACAAAGAUCAGCAAUCCUUGAUGGGAAAAGAGCAUGAUCAUAGAUUCCAGCGCACUGAACAAUGGAAGCCUGUUUAUUCUUGGCUGGAAUCACUGGACAAAACUGAGGUAAUUAAAUCCAAUGAUGUGUUAGAUUGGCUGAGUGCAAACCCGGAAAUCUGUGACAAAUUGCAUUCUAAUCAUGCGCGCCACCAUUUGCUUCACUAUACCAAGAUAUGCCAUGCCAAAAUCUUGAAGCGAAAGGGAUAGAUAGCCAGAAAGAUUGAUCAGAGGAAGGAAUCACUUCAUUGUAAUGCUUGGUAGGUUUGGAGAAACAGCUUAUACCUCUCUUCGGAAAACAUGUAAACUGAUGGUACAUUUCUCAUAUAUGAGAGACGAAAAUCUGCACAAGAUUUUGAUGGUUCAGAGUCUCUCUAUCUGUAGUUUGACAUGGCAGAUCUUCUGAUGUAGCCAGAGAUGUUCAAACUUAUGUUCAAUAUGAUAUUUCUGUUGGCAGGUUUGUAAAUUCCCUCUUGGCUGAGUAGUUUCAACGUUCAUCAUCAAUGUGAAUAGGACUCGAAUAUAUUUAUACUUC